AUGCCGGCUCCAGUGGCAGCAAACGGCCACACAGAAGCCAAUGGUCACUCUGGCGGCGUCAAGUCAUCGGCAGCCAAGUCGCGCGGCGCCCUCAAGCGUCUCAAGGCCAAGGCCAAGCGCGCCGCUCCCGAGACUCCGUCAGAGUCUGGCGCCGAGAGCGAGGCAGAGUCGGUCGCGUCCUCGGCAUCCGCAGUGUCGACCAUGACUGUCGAGUCGUUCCUCGCCGACGCACCUGCGACACCCGAUGCGUCCAACCCGGCAUUCGCGGCCUUCUCGGACGUGUUCAAGCACUUCAACGAGUCGGCAGAUGGGUUGCCGACAGUCGAUGACGGACCCGCCAAGGGCCAGGUGUACUACUCGGACGACGAGGACGAGGACGAGGAGACGGUCCAGCGCGCUCAGCAGCGUGCCAUGGCAGACGCAGGCAUGACCCGUCGCGAGAGGAGACAAGCUGCCAAGCUCAGCGUGUCGGAGCUCAAGCAGCAUGUCGACCGGCCAGAGGUUGUGGAGUGGUUUGACGCCGACGCGCGUGACCCCAGGUUGUUGGUGACGCUCAAGGCGUAUCGCAACACCGUCCCUGUUCCAGGCCACUGGAACGCAAAGCGCGACUACCUCUCUGGCCGUCGUGGUAUGGAGAAGAUGGCGUAUAACCUUCCUCCCUGGAUUGCGGACACUGGUAUCGGAGAGCAGCGUGAUGCGGUCAAGGCCAAGGAGCAGGCGCAGAGCCUGUCGCAAAAGACGCGUGAGCGCGUGCAGCCCAAGAUGGGCAAGAUCGAUAUCGACUACCAAAAGCUCCACGACGCCUUCUUUAGGUAUCAAGAAAAGCCCAAGAUGAGCAAGUUUGGCGAGGCAUACUACGAGGGCAAGGAGGCCGAGACCGACCUGAGGACAAAGAAGCCCGGAGAGCUGUCAGAGGACCUCAUCGAGGCUCUGUCCAUCCCCCCACUGGCUCCUCCCCCAUGGCUCAUUGCCAUGCAGCGUUUCGGCCCUCCUCCCAGCUACCCCAACCUGCGUAUUCCCGGUCUCAACGCACCCAUCCCCACGGGCGCUCAGUGGGGCUUCCACCCAGGAGGCUGGGGUAAGCCUCCGAUGGACGACUUUAACCGUCCCCUGUACGGCGAUGUGUUUGGUGUGGUCCAGGGUGCCGAGAUUGCCAACCAGAACGCCGUCGACCGCUCGCGCUGGGGAGACAUUGAGAUUAUCGAGGCUGAAGAGUCCGACGAGGAGGAGGAAGAGGAGGAAGAGGACGAGGAAGAGGAAGAGGACGAGGACGAGGAUGGCGAGCCUGUGCGAGCACCAGCAGACGGCCUCGAGACGCCAUCGGGUCUCGCCACACCAAGCGGCUACAACUCGGUCACCUCGACUGUCCCCGGCGGCCUGGAGACACCCGACUUUAUCGAGCUGCGAAAGCGUAUGCAGCGCGACGACACGGACGAAGGUCCCUCUGGUCCUCGCGAGCUGUACACUGUCAUUCCCGAGCGCCAGACGACCGUCAAGGGCUUCAUGGGCAGUUCGACAGGAUACGACGUUUCGGCAGCGCACGCACCCUUGCUCGGCGAGGACAGGGGCACCAAGCGCAAGUCUGGCGACGUCGAUGUCUCGCUUGACGGCGACGAGGACGCGUCCACGCUCAAGGCAAAGUACAAGGAGGCGAGCGAGAAGACGUCCCGCGUCCACGUCCCUGGCCAGCAUGCCGACAGGUCCGAGUUUGACGACGUCAUUCUCGGCGAGACCAAAAAGCGCGCGCGUAAAGACGACAAGAAGGGCAAGGAGAAGGCGGAGAAGUUCAAGUUCUGA